CAUAUAUAUUGUAAUGGCUGCGUUGCUUUGCUGUGUGAUAAAAACGUGUUGAAAAUUAUAUCAAAUGUAAAAACUGCUGUAAUUGGACCUCAAAAAGUAUCGUAGAUGUCUGGAGCGUGAUUUCUACAAAGUGUUUGUGUUUAAGUGAAGCAGAUAUAACGACCUACUCUUGAAAAUCGUGUGAAAUACCGAAGUUCAUAAUAAGCGUGGAAUUACAAGAUUGAAAACUUGGAUUCUGAAAAUGGCAGAACCUCCAAUGAAAAAAAUUAGAACUGAAUCUGUUACAGAAGUUAUUGAAGAUAUCACGACAGUUUUAAUGGAAUCAAAAGAUAACUUAACAUGUGUCCUCAGUCAAGAUUUGUACAAGGAAAUCCCUACAAUAAAGGUGUAUGUCGGUUUUAUAAAACAACCGAAAGAAUUGUCACAAGCCAUUCGAAUUUUGAAUGAUAAAUUGCCAUUGAAUACAUUGCAGCAUUUAAAAAGAGUGAGAAAGAAAGAUGUUUUGCUAUGCACUUCGUCAGAACUGAAGAAAGCAGGACAGCUCUUCAACAUAACAACUAUAAAAGAGUUCAUGGACAGAAAUGUUCCAGAUUUGGCUUCUAGCUUUGAAUAUUUCAAAGAGAUUGAUGUGCCAGCCGUUGCUCCGAAAUUAAAAAGACAAUCCAUAGAAGCCAAUAAGUUAUGGUCAUGUAAUUUUCACCCAAAUUCAUAUUUGGAACAACUGGCCAGUAACAAUUUUUUUAAUGAUAUUGAAUUGGCAAUACAUAAAGUAUGCAUGAGAAUAGCAUUUGAAACGGCCAGAAUGUAUGUAAAGCGGGAUUCACAUCCGCCAAUAGAUAAUAUUCAUAAUUUAAACGCAUGUGUUGUCUAUGAUCCGUCUAUACAGUCAGUCGUGGCGGUAUCUUUCGAUAACCGUGAUAGCCAUCCAAUUCAACAUAGUGCAAUGAUUGCUAUAGAUAACGUGGCGAAAACACAAAACGGCGGAGCUUGGAGUGCAGAUAAGGAAAAUACUCGAUUGAGUGGCAUAACCAAGGAAUUGCUUACCUAUUUGAAGGAGAAAUUCGAUGACGUCAAUUUUGGCGCGAAACUUUUUCGUCCCAAAUCUGAGGGAACAGAUGAUACAAGUGGACCUUAUUUGUGCACUGGUUAUUAUAUUUACAUGAUUCGGGAGCCAUGUUUGAUGUGUGCGAUGGCGUUAGUGCACGCUAGAGUGAAAAGAGUAUUUUUCUGCUUGGACAAUCCGAAUUUUGGCGCUUUGAAGUCCAUGGCGGAGUUGCAAGCCGUUCCAUUUUUGAAUCAUCAUUUUGAGGUUUUUACUGGAUUUUUAUAACAUUUGCAUACUACUUUUGAUGUUGACGUUGUAAUGUAAUUUUUGCAAGUUUUUAAAAUUCGAAUUGAAACAGUUUCUAUAUUAAAUACAUUUAUGUAUUGUUUUAAGAUAUAUUAAAUUAGUAUAGUCUUUAAUGGUGUUUUAUUUAUAUAUCGCACCCUCUUUAUACAGUUAACCCCUUACAGAAAACGUAAAAUAAUCAUGAAUCCAAUAAGACCUCAGAACAGUAGGUAACUUAUCAACAUAUUUACAUAGAAGUAAGACUUGUGUUUUCGUUACUAAUAAAUCAAAUUACCCAAGCCUAUGAGGAAUUGUUCGUCUUCAAUCAUGUUCAGCCUCCGUAAUAUGGUACUGGGAUCCUAAAGGAAUGAUUAUAAUAGAACCUAUUAUCAGUUCAACACAAUGAUCCAUUGGAUGUGCAACAAAAGAGUCAGCCAAGACCUUGAAACC